CCGUGUUGGGUUAUACUAUAUAAACAAUACUUCGUACAAAGUGAGAACAGUUUGCUUACGGCCACCGUAUCUGUACUCGAUCACUUUUUAUUUAUGUAUGUUGUUACAAUGCGUCAACACCUGUGUUUUUCACGCGAAUAAGAUAUAUUUAAAUUAAAAUUUUUCUUUCCGUUUUUGCAAACUUCCCUUAUUGUUUGUGAAUUUUUGUUUUCUUUAAAAAAAAAAUUUUUUUUAAUUUUUUGAGAAAUAAAAAAAAAUUUUUUUUUUCCUUCUUGAGUGUGGAAUAAAAAAAAAAUGUCACACGAUAAUCAUGGAUUUAUUGCGAGUUUGGAUAAUCUCGAUCAAAAAAAGUCUGUGAAAAAUGAGACAAAAAAAAAAUUAUCAAAAGAUGAGAGAAGUAAUAUUUAUACUGUCGAACUACAGGAUAAAAAAAGUUAUGUUCAAGAAUUAGAAGACGAUUAUGAACCAUAUAAUCAUCGAGAAGUUGAUCAUCCCACCACAUUUUGGGAGACGCUUCUUCAUCUUCUAAAGGGAAGUUUGGGAACUGGAAUUUUGGCAAUGCCAAAAGCAUUUUCCCACGCUGGUUAUGCAGUUGGUGCUGUGGGAACAAUUGUUAUUGGAUUUCUAUGUACAUAUUGUAUACAUUUAUUAAUAAAAUCAGAAUAUAUACUUUGUAAGAGAAGAAAAAUUCCAUCACUCACCUAUCCAUUAACUGCCAUUGAGGCAUUGAAUGAUGGACCUAAAUUUUUGAGGCCUUGUUCUAAAUAUGCUGGACAUGUGAUAAAUACAUUUUUACUCAUUUAUCAACUUGGUACAUGCUGCGUUUAUACAGUUUUCAUUGCAACCAAUAUAAAACUUGCAUUAGAUUCGUUUAUGCAUGAAAAAAUUGACUUGACUUAUUAUAUGUUGGCUCUUCUUUUACCAUUGAUAUUCAUCAAUUGGAUAAAAAAUUUGAAAUCAUUGGCACCACUAUCAACGAUUGCCAACGUAAUAACUCUUGCCAGUUUUGGAAUAAUAUUGUAUUACUUGUUCAGAGUGACACCAACAUUUGAAGGAAAGGAUCCAAUUGGAAAAGUUGAAGAUUUCCCACUAUUCUUUGGCACAGUACUUUUUGCAUUGGAGGCAAUUGGAGUGAUAAUGCCACUGGAGAAUGAAAUGAAGGAACCAAAAAAAUUUGGCAAACCAUGCGGUGUAUUAAACAUUGGAAUGUUUAGCAUUAUUACAUUAUAUAUUGGAAUGGGAUUUUUUGGCUAUCUAAGAUACGGCAGUGCAGUACAGGGAAGUAUAACCUUCAGUAUAUCGGAGGGCACCGAGGAUAUUAUACCAGCUAAAAUUGCACAAAUUCUAUUGGCAAUAUCAAUAUUCUUCACGCAUGCACUACAAUGUUAUGUGGCCAUUGAUAUCUCGUGGAAUGAAUAUAUUUUCCCACGUAUGUCAAAAAAUAGACACACCAUUGUUUGGGAGUACGUUCUUAGAACGAGUAUCGUUCUUGUCACGUUUCUUCUUGCCGUGCUGAUACCCGAAUUGGAUCUGUUCAUCUCAUUGUUUGGUGCAUUAUGUUUAUCGGCCGUUGGUAUUGCAUUUCCUGCAAUUAUUCAUAUUUGUACAUUCUGGUCAAUAUCGACAACAACCGAAAAGGCAAUAAUGGUCUCAAAAAAUAUGUCCCUCGUAUUAUUUGGACUUUUAGGUCUUGUCGUUGGUACUUACACAAGUCUCAGGGAUAUUAUACAUAAAUUCUCGUGAUUUAGUUGUAAUGUUCAAUUUUUUUUUUUUUUUUUUUUUUUUGAAAUUCUAAAAACGUUAAAUAAUUAAUUUCAAAAGAAAAAAAAAGAAGCGAGAGUGUAUGUGGCAAAAAAAAAUUGCCAAAGUGAUUUUUUUUCAAAAAUGUGCGUGUAUGAGUGUUGAAUAGAAUAAAUAAUAGGUAAUAAUAAUAA